AUGACUUCACAGCAACCUCCAAGCGCGUCCAGGAGACCCCGACUGUCUCUUCAAAUCAAGACCACAGUAUGCAGCCCUCCAUCAAAAGGUCUGAGGGGCAUUCCCUUGAACCCAAGUGACCCUACAACAUUCAACACCAUGUCCAACAUCUACGUCACGGCCAUUGAACGAUCGUCAGCCAUUCAGUCUGAGCCUGUCACCGCCAUCAAAACCCUUCAAAACUUUAGUCUUCAAUCUCCAAUCGAAAGGAACGGACUGAAAUCACGGGUCGCGACGUCCUUCGUGCCAACCUAUCCUGAGACACCAUUGACAGCACAACCCGUCUCCCCCCAGCAAAUGGAUUUUGUGUACCCGAGCACAAUGACCGCCACGCCUCCUCUGUCCGCAGGCCCAGUCGACAACUCGUCCAAAGUAUUCACAUUUCCGCCAUCAGCAGACAGCUCCAGGACGAACCGGCCACCUGAACCACCCGCCGACGAUCGUAUACCACGGCGUCGCCGGACACCACACUCACUCCCCGGGAUCACCAGCCAGCUGCCAUACACUCACCCCCGAAGUCUGCACAGCAUUCUCCGAAACUCGCCUCUCCCUCCCAGGACGGCAAUCCCGCCCCCAUCCCCCCGGCGCCAAUCCCUUCGUCUCCAAGAAAAGGCCGCCAAAAAGGUCGAAUACGACAGCCCUCUGGAGGAAGAAAUCACCACCUCCAAGUACGUCCGGUCGCACAUAGACCUCCUAUCCGAAGAUGCCUCCCCCAUAUCCCCGGUCUACAUGCACGCCUCGUCCCCCGGCAUUACGGCCGGAGAAAUCACCAGGCUCCCCGACGUGGCGCUCGCCUUCACCGCCAACGAAAUCCAAGACGGCGGCCAAACACCCGGCCCCGUUGAAGAAAUGGGACGCCGAAUGGCUGGACUCGCCGCAUCCCCCGUCAGGCGGAAGCGUGAAAAGAAGCGCCGCUGGGUAUGGACAAUCGGCCAGGACGACGAGGACGACAGCAUGGGCGGCGCCGUAGCUGCUUCGCGCGCUGAAUCCGCACAUAAAAAGGCCAGGGGGGAGGAUGACGUGCCCCAGCUUACGUACGAGGAACUGCCUACCCCCAGCAUUGAGAGCAUCAGCUCGGUGGCCGGUUCGGACGCAGACGUCUCGGAUACAUGUAGUGUUGUGUCGGCGGACCACACUGCACGGCGCUGCCUCUCCGUGCCGUCUGACACCGAAGUAGAGGCCAAAACUCCUAUCGCGCCGACGGGCGGGCAGAAGAAGAGGGAUACGCCGAUCCCCGAGUUGGCUGACAAUGGCGAUGGUUCCACUCGUUCCGUACUUGCGAAUUGA